CUGCCCAGUGUGGCUGAUGGAGCCUCCCUUUUGAAAUGGCAGGAAUGCAUCUGCUAUUGAAUCCAUGUGUGUAUGUGAGCAGUGCAGCAGGUGGAGAAGGAGAACCCCCAAUGCCUCCACAGAGCCUAGCAAUCUGCAUUUGAAAUAUCCAGUGGGGGGUGGUAAGGGAAGAGGAGGGGUGCAAAAUUAUGGAGACGGCGAAAUCCAAAAAAGAAAUGAUCAAGGAGCCAGAAAAACAACCACAUUAGAUUGUGACUCAUCUGCCUGUGAGUCAUCAGACAAUCCAAACACAGGCACACGUCAAGGCUAAUCCUAUGUUCUUUGCCUCUCCAAAGCUGCUGAGGCACAAGAGUAUAUUGCACUCUUCAGUGUGAUAUAUUCGAAAAACACAAUCUAUGUUUUAAAAUUGGGAUGGGGGAGAGCAGUAUUCAGCAUCUUUGCUCUCUUUUUUUCCAGACCAAGUGACACUUGUAAGACAACAGCACUUGAUGAAUCACAUCUCUGGUGGGCCAUCCAUUUAUCAAGACCUGGCAUAAUUCCAUCACUUAACAAAGUAGCUUUUACUGCCCUUGGGGACUAGAGAGAGUGGUGGUGAGAAUGACGGGGAUGACUUUGGCCACAACUGGAAACCUCCGGAGCAGGAGCUGAUCGUGAAGCUAGUGGCCCAGAUUGAGUAUUACUUCUCAGAUGAAAACCUUGAAAAAGAUGCCUUUCUCCUGAAGCAUGUUCGGAGGAACAAGAUGGGAUACGUCAGUGUCAAGCUCCUGACAUCUUUCAAAAAGGUAAAACACUUGACCCGUGACUGGAGAACCACAUCUUAUGCCCUGAAAUAUUCUGAUGUUUUGGAGCUGAAUGAAGACAACAGGAAGGUCCGUCGUAACACUCCUGUUCCCGUCUUCCCUAGCGAGAAUCUCCCAAGCAAGAUGCUGCUUGUCUAUGACAUCUGCUUGGUUUCUGAUCUCCAUCCUCCAGAUAGAGGACAAGAGAAUGGAUGUGUUCAAGAGAAGAUAAUGGAGCAUCUCCUCAAAGCCUUUGUCAGGUUUGGUGUCAUUUCGUCGGUUCGCAUCCUCAAGCCUGGUCGGGAUCUUCCACCAGAUAUCAAGAGAUUCAGCAGCCGAUACAGCCAAGUGGGAACCAAAGAAUGUGCGAUCAUCGAGUUUGAAGAGGUAGAUGCUGCUAUCAAAGCUCACGAGUCUAUGUGCAUCAGGGACAACGAAACUGCCAUGAAGGUUAUCCUCAUUGGAAUGAAGCCUCCAAAAAAGAAGGUCCUCAAAGACAAGAACCGUGAAGAAGACUCCAGCAAGGCUCUCAGCAAAACGCGUUCAGUGAACAAGAGGGUUGAAGAACUUCAGUUCAUUGGUGACGAAUCUUCAGCCAACAGCUCCUCCGAGCCUGAGAGCAACCCAGCAUCACCCAUGUCUGGGCGCAGAAACAACUCUUCCAACAAAUUGAGUCUUUCUGCCUACCAGAACAAUCAUCUUAGCCCAAACGUGUCUCCAAGAUCCAGCCCUUGGAGCAGCCCUUCUGCACUGCGUAAAGUGUCCAGGAUGUCCCCACUUGCUGGAGAAGGAAGGCUUAGCCUGAGCACCAGCCCUGAGACAUCAAGGAGAUGCAUGGAUUAUUCAUCAGACAGUAGUGUUACUCCUUCCAGCAGUCCGUGGGUCCAGAGGCGGCGGCAAGCUCAGACUCUGACACAAGAGAAAAGUCCUGUAGGCAGCCCAAUGCAGAGUCCCAAAAUACUGACUGCAGUUGGGUUACCCGUUGGUGUUCUGCGUCUGCCCAGGGGCCCUGAUGGUACGAAGGGAUUCUAUAACUGCCACGAAAGGAACAGGCCCACAAAGAACGAAGACGCUUCGUGUGGUGCAUUGAACUGAUGGACUGUUCCAGUGUUGUCCUGCUCAAGGACUUGCAUUGCUGUAGUAUUUUCCUUUUUUUAAAAAAAAGCUUUUCUAUCUGUGUAGCUUUGUAUGUUUAUAUUCGCACUUAAAUCUAUAUGUUGUCUUCAUUUUAUUUUAUUUUGGCUGAAAUCUCAGCUAUGCUGCAUUUUACUUCUCUUUUUUAUACCAGGAAUAACCAAACAUUUUAGGGGGGGGAAACCUUUUUAUUUUGCAAAGUGCAAAUAUAUUUUAGUGUGUGCAAUGGUCAGAGUUGUACCCAUUAUUUUAACAGUAUGUCGAAGCCUCUCUUGUAUGUAAUCUUUGAAAGGAACUCUGGAGUUUCUGAUAUAUUGCUAGCGUUGACUGUCAAAAAGACAAUUCUGAGUGUUUUUUUAGACAAAAAGUGUAUUGGUAUGAAUAAAAAGCCACAAACAUAAAAAAAUGUUUUAUCUCCUG